AAAUAAUAAUGAUAAACACAAAUUCAUGGUAUGGGCUUCUUAUGCAAAUAACCUGAUGGCCUAACUGUGUGUGUGUCUUUAAGCAUAGCCACUUCCUCAUUUUUUUUCUUCUGAAACCAGAAGACAGGGUUGUCAAAAAUAGCAGCAGAAGAAGCAGUCCUGACAGCCAGAUUUUGAUGCUAUAUGAUAAAAGUGUAGAUUUGAACUUCACAAAAUACAAACAGAGGAAUCAAGUCCAGGACUUAGCUGUAUCAAAAUGUCCUCAGAUAUUUACUCAAAAGUACAGUUAUCCAAGAAGGUGAGAUAUACCAGAAAUGAGCAAGAGAACAGAACAGACUGGGAGGAUAAGGAGGUAAAUAUCUACGAGUCUGCAGAAGACGUUGAUGAUUACUGCUCUGUUUCUCAGCCACAAGAAGAUGACCAACAGACACAAAGACAACCAGCUGUCAGGAAAAGUUCUUCCAGAAGAGUAAAACUCUGCAAAAUGCUGCCAUGGGUUAUAAUGUCAGUUGCCAUCAUCACCCCGGCCAUAUACUGUAAGAAAAGUGAAACACACCAAUACAAGAUGUAUUUCAGUCAAAAUGCAGAUAAAAUGCAUUAAAUUGCUUUGUAAUUAAUUAGUUAACAUAAGCCCACAGUUUAUACUGCAACAAGAUAAUUUAGUCAGACAUGAAGCUGGUUUACUGCCGACAUUUUGCAUCAGCAGAAAAUCAACAAAAAUAUGCAAGAGCAUUCAGUUUUUCCUGGGUCUUCAAACACAAUGGGCCUCAUGUCCUCAAGGUUUUUGUGGACAAACAUAGAUGCAAACUUGAUAGCACGCAACCAAGAUUCAGCAAACUUAGGAGAAUAGCAGACGCAAUAAAUUUGUGAAUAUACAAAAGAUAAGCUGAUCAUCAGAACUUGCACAAUACUGGGAGGAGGAUAUUUACAUGUAAUGACGUACCACCUGCAAUGUGACUUGUUAAACCUGAACCAAACUGUAACGGCUGUUUUUGCAACUGUUAGCAUGUUUGGGAAGGGAGUGCAAACUGGCACACAAAAAUGUCUGCGGUCAUUGUUUGGGAAGGAGAGGUACAGUAGAUAUGACAGAAGAUGUUGUUAGGUAUUUGGAACAAUUAAAAAGUAUAAAAUACAAAUAAAAAAAUAAUCUAGAAACAUUUUCCAGCUGUUCUGAUUUCUGUUUGAUUCAACAAGAAAUUAAUCACUCCAGUUAUUACAGUUUGAUAUAAUACACUUUUUUAUAAAAGAAAACAGAACAGGAAUAUUAAUCAUUUUUCCAGACUCCCUGUCUACCAACGACUAAUAACAGUUAGCACAUUAGGACCGGUUAUCAUACGCAUGCUUUUAUAAAAUCAUUAAAUGAACUAUUCCUAUGAUUAUUGAGAAUCUAACAGCCUUAUUAGUCAAACAAAAAGGUCAUUUGUUUGAUGAGACCAAUUCUCAACAUAAGAAAAAUGUUUUACUUCUGUUUCCUUAUAAGCCUAUAGAGAAUAGUUUAGCAGCUUAAGUUUCAUUUCCUGUUUGAAAUAGACAUGCUACUUUGUGGUGUACUUGUUGAGCUCUUUGCAUGAAGGGUAUAUUUGGCUGCCCUUCCUGCAAACACUGCUGCUCAAAAGAAAAGAAGAACUUCCAUCAACAACUUAUUUUUUUACUGUGUGUAAGAAAAAACAAUAUGGUAUGAAUAUGAAUGAAUAAGUAUUUUAGUAAUGUGGCAGUAGAACUAAAAAUACUAAAUACGAUUUUUCUAUUUUAGUUAUUCGCAAUGUUUACUUAUAAUAAAAUAAAAGACUCCAACGAUGCCUGUUUCUUUAAAUGCUUCUACAUCAAAGUUGUUUUUUUUCUGAAAUCAGAAAGAGGGCUGGACAGGAAAUGGUGGCUCUAACCGCACUGCUUAAAACAACGUUUCUUUCGGAGUAAAGUCUGUUCACUAAGUGGAGAGCAAAGUCCAGCAUCUCUUCAGCUGUUUUAUUUGUGUCAGGAUGUUCUCAGAUAUUAAGUCCACUCCAGAUUUAAUCCAAAGAGUCAGAUACAGCAAACCAAAGAUAGAAGAAACAGCAGAGUGGGAGGAGAAGAAGGUUAAUAUCUAUAACUAUAUAAAUGACAUGAUGGAUGAUUCUCAGUUGGGAGGAGGAAAGCAGAUUGAAAAUCAACCUGCAGCCAACAAAGUGUCUGCUAGAUUUGCAACACUGAGCAGACGGGUGAUGUACAUAUUGAUAUUAGCUGGGAUCAUCAGUCUGAUCGUGUCCUUCACUCUGGAAAUCAUCAAACUGAAGAACAACCAGAGCCACCUUUCAGACAAGGGAGAAAAUUACACGCUACAGUUACAAGCCAAACUUUUAGAAAUGGCAGCCAACUACAGUCAGCUACACAAAAGCUAUGAAAUACUCAGCAAAAAUCACAAUCAACUGACUGAUCAAGUAAACAGAUUGAACAAUACAAGUACAGGAAAGAGGUGCCCAGAUAGAUGGACCCGAUUUGGAAGCAGCUGUUACUUUAAAGGCGAGGAGAAAAAUAAUUGGGAUAAUAGCAAGAUAUACUGUGAGAAAGAAGGAGCUCAUCUGGUGAUCAUAAACAGUAAAGCUGAACAGGAAUUUAUAAAACAGUUUAAUAAAAAUGGAGAAUCCUGGAUUGGUCUUCAAUACAAGUGGAUAGGUGGGCAAUGGACGUAUGACUGGAAAUGGGUGGAUGAAUCACCACUGACACAAUCGUUUUGGGGAAGAGGAUGGCCAACAUAUAAUGAUUACCCAUCAUAUGCAAUAUGCUGCAAUUCUGAAGGGAAAUGGAAACAAGCAUAUAACAAUUACCACAACUGGAUUUGUGAGAAAUAAAGUUUCAAACCAGAGAAAGUAACCACCACCUUAUUUUUUUAAAAUGAUGUUUAGGUUUAUUGAGUCACAGCUUCUUGUUUAAAGUUUCUUUCUAAGGUUUAUGCAGAGGUACAAUGUAACCUAAUGACAACACAUGAUGCUUUCAUUAAGUAUGUAUAUCUGUAGAGUAUUUUUAACCGACUGAGUUUACAAAGGUUUGUCAUUGUAAUAAAUUUUAUAUUUUGACAAAUUUAAAAAACUGUAAAGUUUCAACAUGGAUGACACAAAAUAAACUAUAUUCUAAAGUUGUAAAAGUAAAAGGGAGAGCUUGUUGUUUUAAUUUUAUUAUCCUUUCCUUAUCCAUGUUGUAUGAUCCCCCAUCAAGUAGAUAAGGAUAAUUUUAUGAAAAUAAAUUAUUUUUUCUCCCAGACUCCCACUUAAACAUGUUUGAUUUAUCAUCAAGAAGAAAACAGUCCAUCUGUUUUGAUGAGAUUUAAACAUAAAAUUGAUGGUACGAGUGCAAUUUACAAGUCUUUAGAUAAUAAAUUAACAGCUAAUUUGUAAUUUCCUGUUUUAAGCAGAGCUAUUGUUCUGUGGUGUACUUGUUACACCACAGACAUACAUGUACUUGUCUGUGGUGUACGCUUGACAUACGCAUGAAGCGUAUGUCAAGCUUCAGUUACACAAACACUUCCUAAAACAUCUGCAGUAGUAAUAAUGUAAUUAUCAAGAAAUAGAGCUAAAGUUAAAAAAAAUAACUGUAAAUCAAUUCUGUUCAUCUGACAGUUAUAUUACGUCUAUUAUUAGACAUAUUUCUACAGUCAUAAAAUGUGGUGCAUUUGUAAUAUUUUUUUCCUUUAAGAGUUAACAGGUCCAGAGUUGAUUGUUUUAGUUCAUUUUACACCUGAUAAUAUGGAUAAUAUGGUGUUUGUGCUACUUUAGUUGUGUCAUGAGGCAUUUGCUAAUAGAUUUAUUGCUGUUUUGUUCAUUGGCUGGAUUUACUGUUAGAAUAAAAACUUUGAGGUCA